GCCACAUUAGUUUGUCUGAAGUUCAGCUUCGCCUCUGUGGACUUUGGGCUCCUUAUCGAGGUUGAAGGUUCAGCUUUAUUGUCUUUAUACAACACAGGAUGGCACAAUACAAUACAGCUGUAGCUCCUCCACACUGCACACACAGAACAGGUCUGAACAAAUAUUCACAAUAUUUUAAAUCUGCACUUCACUGCAGCUUCAUGACGCCAUCUAGUGGCCUGAUAGUAGAAGUCCAGCAGCUGAUGGCAGCUUCCUCUGCCUCACUGCUGUCUGACUGCAUUCAGCUGACACUGAUAUGAAACAGAAAGUAACAGCCAAUCACUGGAGGAGCAGCUGAUCUUCUUACAGGAGAAAUGAUGGAAAGGAGGAUUUCAGUUGAUGUGCAGAUGAAGGAUUUGUGUUUCCUCUCCAGAUCAAAGUGUGUGUGAGCUGAUGUGGAUGUGAGUUCAGCAGCAUGAAUCAGUGUGAGGACAGAGAGGAGGGAGCCCCUCCCUCUAAAACCAGUCUGUGUGGGGAACAUGGCAGCCAGACCAGAGCUCAGAGGCCAGAGCAGCAGAGACCAGACUCUGCUGGACCUGGACCUGGACCUGGACCUGAGCCCAGCUGUGUGUCCUUCAAGAGUGACUACUCAAUGGGUCGCCUCAUUGAUUUUAAACGAGGACAUGUCUCUGACAGACAAGUCGACCAGGAGAGCUCAGAGGUUCCCAGUGGUCAGUCUGCCCAGCAGCAUCAAACACACCUGGACUCCAUAUUUAUGCUGCUGGAGGAGAACAUUGUCACUUUUGUGAAGAACGAGCUGAAGAAGAUGCAGAAGGUUCUGAGUUCAGAUUACCCAGAAUGCUUAGAGAGUCAGAGGGAGGAUGAGGAGGUGUUGGACGGUGAGGAGGAAGAGCAGAGGAGGAGCAGCAGAGAGGCAUUUCUGAAGAUCACACUGCACUUCCAGCUUAACCUCAAAUCUAACCUAAAGGAGAAGUUCCAGUGUGUGUUUGAGGGGAUCGCUAAAGCAGGAAACCCAACCCUUCUGAACCAGAUCUACACAGAGCUCUACAUCACAGAGGGAGGGACUGCAGAGGUCAACGAUGAACAUGAGGUCAGACAGAUUGAAACAGCAUCCAGGAAACCAGACAGACCAAAAACAACAAUCAGACAAGAAGACAUCUUUAAACCCUCACCUGGAAGUGAGGAACCAAUCAGAACAGUGAUGACAAAGGGAGUGGCUGGCAUUGGGAAAACAGUCUUAACACAGAAGUUCACUCUGGACUGGGCUGAAGACAAAGCCAACCAGGACAUACACUUCAUAUUUCCAUUCACUUUCAGAGAGCUGAAUGUGCUGAAACAGAAAAAGUACAGCUUGGUGGAACUUGUUCAUCACUUCUUUACUGAAACCAAAGAAGCAGGAAUCUGCAGGUUUGAAGAGUUCCAGGUUGUGUUCAUCUUCGACGGCCUGGAUGAGUGUCGACUUCCUCUGGACUUCCACAACAAUGAGAUACUGACUGAUGUUACAGAGUCCACCUCAGUGGACGUGCUGCUGACAAACCUCAUCAGGGGGAAACUGCUUCCCUCUGCUCGCCUCUGGAUAACCACACGACCUGCAGCAGCCAAUCAGAUCCCUCCUGUGUGUGUUGACAUGGCGACAGAGGUCAGAGGAUUUAAUGACGAACACAAGGAGGAGUACUUCAGGAAGAGAUUCACAGAUGAGAAGCAGGCCAGCAGAAUCAUCUCCCACAUCAAGACAUCACGAAGCCUCCACAUCAUGUGCCACAUCCCAGUCUUCUGCUGGAUCACUGCUACAGUUCUGGAGGACGUGUUGAAGACCAGAGAGGGAGGAGAGCUGCCCAGGACCCUGACUGAGAUGUACAUCCACUUCCUGGUGGUUCAGUCCAAACUGAAGAACAUCAAGUAUGAUGGAGGAGCUGAGACAGAUCCACACUGGAAUCCAGAGAGCAGGAAGAUGAUUGAGUCUCUGGGAAAACUGGCUUUUGAGCAGCUGCAGAAAGGCAACCUGAUCUUCUAUGAAUCAGACCUGACAGAGUGUGGCAUCGAUAUCAGAGCAGCCUCAGUGUACUCAGGAGUGUUCACACAGAUCUUUAGAGAGGAGAGAGGACUGUACCAGGACAAGGUGUUCUGCUUCGUCCAUCUGAGCGUUCAGGAGUUUCUGGCUGCUCUUCAUGUCAAUCUGAUGUUCAUCAACUCUGGUGUCAAUCUGCUGUCAGAAGAGCAAACAACUCCCCAGAAGUCUGAAACAAGAAAAGAUGAAUCUGCAGAGACACAGUUCUACCAGAGUGCUGUGGACCAGGCCUUACAGAGUCCAAAUGGACACCUGGAUUUGUUCCUCCGAUUCCUCCUGGGACUUUCACUGCAGACCAAUCAGACUCUCCUACGAGGCCUGCUGACACAGACAGGAAGUGGUUCACAGACCGAUCAGGAAACAGUCCAGUACAUCAAGAAGAAGAUUGAGGAGAACCCCCCUCCAGAAAGAAGCAUCAAUCUGUUCCACUGUCUCAAUGAGCUAAAGGACCGUUCUUUAGUGGAAGAGAUCCAACAGUACUUAAGAUCUGGUAGCCUCUCCACAGACAAACUGUCUCCUGCUCAGUGGUCAGCUCUGGUCUUCAUCUUACUGUCAUCAGAAAAAGAUCUGGACGUGUUUGACCUGAAGAAAUACUCAGCUUCAGAGGAGGCUCUCCUGAGGCUGCUGCCAGUGGUCAAAGCCUCCAAAAAAGCUCUACUGAGUGGCUGUAACCUCUCAAAGAGAAGCUGUGAAGCUCUGUCCUCGGUUCUCAGCUCCCAGUCCUCUAGUCUGAGAGAGCUGGACCUGAGUAACAACGACCUGCAGGAUUCAGGAGUGAAGCUGCUGACGGCUGGACUGAAGAGUCCACAUUGUAAACUGGAAACUCUCAGGGUGGAGCCCGGUGGAGUCCGAUGGCUGAGACCAGGUCUGAGGAAGUAUUCCUGUGAACUCACACUCGACACAAACACAGCGAACAGAUGCAUCAAACUGUCUGACGACAACAGGAAGGCGAUAUUACAUUUGGGUGUAUUAACAAUAGUUCUGAAUUCUAUUCAGCCUGGCCAUCCAGACAGGUUUGACCUGCCUCAGCUGCUGUGUAGAAAUGGUCUGACUGGUCGCUGUUACUGGGAGGUCGAGUGGAGAGGAGAGGUUUAUAUAUCAGUGAGUUACAGAGGAAUCAGCAGGAGAGGAGACAGAGAAGACUGUUUGUUUGGAGGGAAUGAUCAGUCCUGGAGUCUGAACUGCUCUGAUGAUAGUCGUUACUCUGUCUGUCACAAUAAGAGAGAAACAUCCAUCUCCUCCUCCUCCUCCUCCUCCUCCUCUGUCUCUAACAGAGUAGCAGUGUAUGUGGACUGUCCUGCUGGCACUCUGUCCUUCUACAGAGUCUCCUCUGACACACUGAUCCACCUCCACACCUUCAACACCACAUUCACUGAACCUCUUUAUCCUGGCUUUGGGUUCUGGUCCUGGUCCAGGUCUGGUUCCUCAGUGUCUCUGUGUUCUCUGUAGGAGGGAGAGUCUCCUCCUGUUAGAGAAACACAUCAGUUGAGUCUGUACAGGAUCACAGCUACAGAAAUCUUUCAGGUUAUUGUCAUAAAUUCAUCAAUGAACUCAAAGGGAUUUUCAAAGCUUCUCCAUCUAACAGCUGUAAAUAAAGCCCAACAUUUUCAUGCUCACGGUUGUUUUCUUGGAUUAACGACAUUUAAAAAGGAAGAAGUCACAUUUGGCAUCAUCAUGAAAACUGAGCUGAUCCUAAAGACUGUUGUUAUAUUUGGUCAAUUAUUUUCACUUUCCUUUCAUUCCUGAAGCUCAUGAAGAAGAAAAGAUUGUUAAAUAUGACCAUUAAUCUUCUCUCUGGAAACGUCUAGUAUUUAUUUCUGUAAUUUGGUUUCACAGGGGAGAUUUGUUCCUACAGUGACUCAGCUUCCAGCUCAGGACCAACGUUUUCAUCCAGAGAACAAUAAAGUUUAAGUUCUAGUGCGUCUGCAGAAAUCACUGAACUGUCAGUGAAGUUUGGAACAGCAACAUAAACUCUUUCAAAGACAGAAACCUCUACUUUUAAAGAUUCAAAGGUUUCAGAUGUUAUAUGGAGUUAAACCUUCAGUUUGGUAUUAACCUUCUAACAGUACUACUUUAUUUAGAUUCUGUCUCCUCCCUGGCAUUAUGUUCAUACAGUUUGCUUUAAAAUGGAAAUGAAUGGGAGCUGUCUGCGCCUCCUGCUAAAUGUUUGUUACUUAAUAAAGCUCGACAAGAAAUCCAAAAAUAAAAUACAUUAUUCU